AUGGAGCGAGCUGUUCUUCGUGCCCAUGUUCCCAAUAUCCUUGCAGCUGCAUACACCCACGAAGCGCGGAAUGGAGAGCUCCGCUUCGCUUUCAAGUCAACACAUGGUGCCGAGCAUAAGGCAGGCAUGUCAUGUGGACGCUCAUUGAAAGACCCGAUGGAAGCGGCAUCAGCACACACGGCUGUAUUCUUCCUACAAGGAAGGACGCCUGCAGUCGCGGAACAAAGUCAUGCACAUUGUAGAGCCCCCUUUCUUCUUGGAGUUCACUGGGAAAUUCUAGCAUGUACGGCCCUACGACUAUGCUGGCAUCUUGUCUGGCCUGUAGCUGCAAUGGCUUCGCCGCCCGUGCGUAGUGAGCCGGCAGCCACCAUGACACUUGCGGAGCCACAAUGUCCCCAAGGAAGAGUGCGUUUCGACAGGAGGCUGCUGCUAGUCUAUGGAGUGUUGCUUCUAGAUGUGGUUGUAAUCGGGAGUACAUCGUUGCAACACGUCUGGCAGCCGGCAAACUUAAUCGACAAGGUGCUGCAGAACCAUAGUACACCUGUUAGUGCGGCGACUCCACUCCAUACACCUAUGCCACAGCACCAGUUGCCUGUCGCUGUAAAAAGGGAACUUGGCAUGUCCUGCUGUUGCGGCUGGCUGGCCCUGGCUGUCAUGGGCACCCUCUCGUUGUUGGUGUCAUACUCCCUCUCGACAGUUGCUCCUGGGAGUGCCUCCACCUUAACAAGUGGUAGCCAUCGGAGGAGGCAGAACACAACUUCUGUACGUCGUAGUCAUGCUCAACCACUUCAGGGAAAGGAAGAAGAAUCCUGCAGUGUUUGCAUGCGGACUCUGGAUGAACUCGAACUGCAAAUGAAGCUCAAGUACCUCUUGGUCGCAGUUGCCACCUUCUUAGUGUUUUUCACGCUUAAUCUCGUUGUGCAGAUUCACGGGCGCUUCCAACAGAGCAAAAUGACUGUAGCGGCCCUAAAGACAUUUGCGGCCGACACAAGCGCCCAGGUGUCCAGCCAGCCGUCUGCGCAUGACUUAUACGGAGCUCCGCAAGACGAUGAGCAUCGAUUUCACUUCCACACCCAGCGGGAUGAGUAUCUGGGCACUACUGGUAUGUCAGACAUAAAACGGGCUGCCGAGGUCUUUCAAGGCAUGGAUGCGUCCAAUGCUGUCUAUAGACAGGAAUACGACGGCCCUGUGAAUCCUCAAUCACCUCCUUAUUUCUACUGGAGAGAUUUCUUCUUUUGGAUGGAGCUCAGUCGUGAAUGCUUCCUAGAUGGUGAGAUUCAGCUGUCAGGGCUGUGGGUGCUGUUGCACGCAGCUACACUUCUUAGCGGUCGCGCUAUUCUCCGCACGCGUACAGUGUUCCAUGCUAAUGCAGACUGA